AUGGCUGCCCGAUCAAAACGAUCCAGACUGGCCAAGAACGCGCGGUCCAAGGUGAAGAAUGAGGCACGCUCGUCACGAGAACCUUCCCCAAACUUGUCAGUAGCAUCAGAAGCACCCACAUCACACAAGUCAUCCAGAUCUUCACCUAAACCUACUACUACCAGUUCUAAUUCUAAUCGAAGUAAUGGCAUAUCGGCAGACGAUUCUUCCAACUCAAGUUCGUCAGACUUGGUCAAUGACACACCAGUGUCAAAUAUAGCGACAAACUCACCGUCCAAAUGUAACUCUGCUUCUAUGUCAGCUUCGUCGUCGUCAUCUAGAUCCACAUCACCUGCAGCCACGGCUUCAGCUACAGUUCCAGCACCAGAAGCACCAAAAGAAAUUUCUCCCCCUCCAAUAGUCUCAAAGUCGGCAGUUGUAGUACCGCUUCAUAAGCUCGAAUAUGAAGUCGAAAACAGCAAUAACGACGAAUUGAGCUCGUCACCCAUCAAAAGAAGCAGUCGUGGUGCUCAUUCUAUAGCGAAAGAACUUUCUCCAUGUAGAAGAGAAAUGUCACCUAUACCGUCUUCUUCACCCGUGAGAAAGAAAUCGGUGGCAUUUUCUGACGAUAUUGCGUAUAACGAUGACAGCCCUGCUGUUGUUAGUUCCCCUGAUCCUCGCCAAACUCCUAGAGGCUCUAUUCUCAAGACAUACAACAUGUCUUUUCGCAACGGUUCACCUGCUGAUCCGAGUAACACUUCCUUGUGGACUAGAUCACCUUUUAAGAACGACGAUUCCUACGAACCCCGCAAUCCCGUCUUCUGGUUAUCCGGAACGAUUGUUCAGCUUCCGCCAAAUUCUAGCGAAUUGCCUCGCUUGGUAGAUGGCUGUGUACGUGUGCUUCAGGACCCUCAAUUUGACAAGAAGUUCGAAGUUUAUGCCACAAUCAACCACAUCUGUAAGUCUAACACUAAUGAUACGUUGUUGAGAAUAUUCUCCGCUCCGGUCUCGCAAAUGAAUUCCAGCCCUACGAAGGCAGCAGUCACAAGAUUCAGAACUUUUCAACCGGAUUCGAACUACAUAAUAGCAUUGGCCGCACAGAUUCGUAGAGAUAUCGUAGUCACAGAAACAGAGAUCUUUAAUCGUAAUGACAUCAUCAAACAUGAGCUUUCGACCUCCCAGCCACUUAUGCGAUCUGAUCCUUUCAGAAUAAGAAUAAUCAACCAGGCAUUAAAGUUGAUUAACACUUUUCUUAUGAACGAAGACCUCAACGGUUUUGUCCCUGUUGAGGAUGUGAGGUGGUUCUACCGUCACUGCUGUUCAAUAUUGACCACGGAAAACAUCUCUAAAGCUCUUGUUUCACCUUACUUGAUUGUCAUCAAGGACUGUAGACUCAUAAACAAGAAAAAGCGUAUGCUUUUUGACAAUCCAGAGCUUCCUGAAUUGAUGAUAUCAAGUAUUAUCAACAUGAGAAGCUAUCCAUCUUCUACGAUCGUUUCUGAACGUUUCUUGUGCUUCAAGAACUUCGCCAACAACUUUCCUAAUAUCAUGGCUAAAAAUAUAAACCAUUGGUUCGAAGUGUUCGUUUUGAAUGUAUGCUCUAUGGCAUCUCCCUUUUCACCGAAGACUCUUGAAAUAGGAACCAAUUGUCUCUUGGAAAUUGCGAAAGUAUUCUUAGAUAAUGUCUCAGUUCAAUCAUCCGUUACUUCUUUGCUCUCUUCAAAAAUUUCGAACGAUGUCAAAUCACUUGCGUCCGAAAACGGAUUGGAUUUGGAUAUUGAUUUAAUAUCAUCGGAAGUUUCCGUUAUUGACUAUAUCUGUAUGAAAUUAGAAGAAAUGAUAGAAACUGGACGCUUCAAAGAAUCCAUGGAAAUCUGGGUAUCCAUCACAUUACUUGUAGGAGAUGGUGGAAGUUCUUUCGAUCAGUGGGAACAUUUGAACAAAUGGCUCAGGGUGCAAAAGAUUUGUUUCAAUUCACAGUAUCAGUCAGCCAAGAUAAUUGCCUUGAACAGCUGGAAGGCAGUUAUCUACAAUGUAUGCCACAAUGAUAUGGACUUCAUGAUGAAGGUAGUUGAACCCAUAUUGAAGAACCCAGAUGUCAAGCAGCGGCAACAGAUGCUAAAUGCUUGUGUCAAAAGUAGAAUAAGACUUUUGACUCAUGUGUUCUUCAGUAUCAGCUCCCCUAUCACAUCAAAGGAAAUUGCAGAGAACCUCAACCAUUUAUUCAUGGCCAUACUUUACUCAUUGUUGAAACCAUUGUUGGCAAAACUGGCAACGAAGUAUUUGCACAUCUAUUGGGACAAAGUCAUACAACCGAUGAUCCUUAACUUCUUUUUCAAGAAAGAGAACUCAAGUCUUCAUUUGCAUUCACUUGGAUUGAAGGUCCUCCUUCGUUUAUUGAAACCCACAGUUCCGCCCAAAGACCGGAACAAUCAAGUUAGGUGUUUAGCCAACGACCCCAUCUCUAUUCUUGAGAUUCCUUGCUUGCCUUGUAGAUGGGUAUAUUCCAAGUUUGAUAGGAUUAUUCCUCAUAUUGCUUUAGUUUUCCAGCUGGAUCACCUUGCUGUUGACCAAAAGGUGAACUUGUUUAUAUCUUUCUUGACAGCUGUGAAAAUGGUGACGAAGAAAGAACCGAGAACUACCGAUCAGACUUUUGAUAUUAUCGAAAGCCUUCCCUUUGUGUUGGAGCAGUUGUUUAAAACAAGUAGUCUCUCAUUUGAUUCCGCUUACAAUUUGGUCAUAAACUUAAACGAUACGUUUAAGCCAGCCACAUUGGUGACCCGUUCAAUUUCAGAAAGAACUUCAGAAUCCAAUCUGAAUAUCUACUAUAUUAUUCUCGAAAACUGUAUUUCCAAUUUGAAUAAGGAGCAACUUCGGGAAAUCGUUCAGUUAAUCAUAGCUUCAAUUUCUGAUAGGAGAGUUUUGUUUUUCAUGCUUGAUUUAGCAAACUUGCAAAAAAGAUUGCAAAUUGAGGAGCUCUAUAUACUCAUUGUUGACUUCUUGAACAAUAGAACCAUAAUUAGUAACGAACCAGAUUUGCGCCUCUAUGGUGAAUUCUGUCAGAUUAUUGGUUCUGGUGCUGAAGUCUUUGUGAAGCGUUUAAUGCAAAGUGUGGUCAGUAUAUCCAAAGCUGAAGAAUUAAAGCAGUGCUUAGAUUAUUUGCAAAUAUCGACGUGGACAAAGGAGCUGUUCAAAUAUUUCGUUCUGUUAGUACAUAAUGCUCCAAACAAGUACAUUCAAGAUUAUUCGAUUCAGAAAAUCGCAAUAAGAUUUGCUGACAACGGUACAUUUGUUGACUUGUUGAGAUAUUUGAUCGACUGUGAGUUCUAUUUGGAAAUUGAUGAAUUGAGCGACGAAAUUCUUGAUACCGCCCAACAUCAAAGAGGUUUCUUUGAUUUUGACUUUCGCAAAAUGUGGUCGGGAUUGUUGUUGAAGAGACUGGAGGAUAAAGAAGAUAAAAAUUUCGACUCAUUAUUAUCCAAGUCCUAUAUCAAAUUGGAUAUUGAUAUUGAACAAUUCAUUAGAGAUAAUUGGAGAAAUCUACCUUUUCUGACGUCUGCUUGGGCCAGCAAGAAUGACACUUCUAGGGUUCAUGGUUUGGAUGCCUAUUUGGAAGCUCAAAAUGAUGUAAUGAAUAAGGAAAAUUUUGAUACCAGCAUGAUUAUAACUAGUACGGAAGAAGACAGUAGUGAAACCGCAUUAGCUGUCCUGGCCCCUGAUAGUAGCAGUAUCGAGAAACCCGCGGGCAGUGGUCAACAUACCCACGAUAGCCGUGAAGUUCUCAAAGAGUUGAACACGAAUACGAUUUCGCCCUUAGAGAAGAUUGAUUCCACUUCGGCAGCAUCCAGUAAUGAAUUCCAAUCAGAGAAUGUCGAUAGUCAAAGCAAAAAUGGAAAAACAUCUACUAAGACUUCUGGUAAAAAUACUUCUAAAAAUUCUACUAAAAAGGCUACUUCGUCUUCUUUAAUGGAAUUUGACAUUCAUAAUUUUACAGCAAUUUUGAACGCAAAACUUGAACAUGCUCCUGCCAAGAAAGGAAAUAAGAAGAGGAAAAGCUCUAGUAAGACUUCAUCAACUGAAGCUUCUCCCGUGGAAAUGGCCAUUAUUCCUGUUCUGCCUACGGAGCAGAUUCUCUCGUCUUUGGAUGAUAAUUGUGAUAUUUCUGAGGUGGAGAAUGAUGUUUUAUCGCAAGUCGAUGAUUCGGAUCUAGUUGAAGAUGAAAGCGUUACUUUAAAUACUUCUAAGGAAGAAGAGCAAGUAGCAUCUCCGGUUGCAGGACUCAGAAGAGGUAGAAGUAGAACCAAGAGAAAACAGGAAGCUCAAGAUACAACCGAAGAACUUGGCCAACACAUUGAAUCUCCAGUCAAAAAACGCAAGACAGUCCUGGCUGAAGUUCCAAAUGAGAAAUAUGACUUUGAAAACAAUACCAGUCCAACCCUAAUUCUGGAUUCCAAUGACGUGGUUGUAUUACAGCAAGUCGAGGUGAGGACGGAUGUUCUUAACAGUUUGGAUCUGACUUCUUCUAACGAAGGUAGUAGACAGUCAGAAUUGGGCACUUUUAAGUCCCAGAGCUUCAAUGCUCAUUCGACUGCAAUUAUUAAAGGAGAAGUGCAUUUGUCAGACUCAUCCCAAGAAAUUUCUGAAGUGGAGCACAAUCUUCUUGUUGGUAAUGUUCUUCAUGAGAAGGAGAAUGUGCUUUCAGUUGUUCCAGAAGCAGAGGAACCAGAAAGUCUUCCAAAAGUUACUUCUGAUUUCGAGAACAAUAUUGCACAGAAGACAGGAGACGUUGAACUCAUAACAAAGGAUGAAAUUGCGUCAGUUCCUUUGAAAAAUGAUUCUCAAUUGAUCAAUACCCAAAAAGUGGAAACCAAUGAUGUGUCUCCAGUUGUCUCAGAUAAUCUGCAAGUUGAGGAGCAAAUUCCAAGUGAAGAAGCUGCUCUUAUUGUUUUUGGAGGUGAUAAAUCCGUAGAGUCUUGCAAAAAACCACCUGCUGUGUUUCAUCUUAUCCAUCAGCUUCAGAACGAAGACGUCACUAGGCUUUCAAAAGAGGAGCGAUACAACAUGGAGACGGAAUUGUUGCAUUUUAUGAUGAAAUUAAGAAGUGUUGAUUAA